UUCGUUUUCUCCAUCGCCAUUUUUGUAUUUUUGGGUUUCUCUGUCGAUCGGAAAAAUCAGUUACAGUGACGGAGGAGGCGGAGGGCUGGCGAGGAAAUGCGGUGAAGCGCCAGGGGUUAGAGCGAGCCCGGGAUAUCGAAGAGGCGAGAGCGAUCUGAGGCGCGGCGUUGGCGUCGAGUUGUGUGGAGAAAAUGAGCUCGGAUUCCAUCUCCUCGAGCUCGCAUGGCAACGUCGACGAGCAGAUUUCCCAGCUCAUGCAGUGCAAGCCGUUGUCCGAACAGGAGGUGAGAGUGCUCUGUGAGAAGGCCAAGGAGAUUCUAAUGGUAGAAAGCAAUGUGCAGCCUGUCAAAAGCCCUGUUACAAUAUGUGGUGAUAUUCACGGGCAGUUCCAUGAUCUGGCUGAGCUUUUUCGUAUUGGGGGAAAGUGCCCAGACACCAAUUACUUGUUCAUGGGAGACUAUGUCGAUCGUGGGUAUUAUUCAGUUGAAACUGUUACUCUCUUGGUGGCUCUUAAAGUGCGUUAUCCUCAACGGAUUACAAUUCUGAGGGGCAACCAUGAAAGUCGGCAGAUUACUCAAGUUUAUGGAUUUUAUGAUGAAUGCCUGAGGAAGUAUGGCAAUGCUAAUGUUUGGAAGAUAUUUACUGAUCUUUUUGACUAUUUCCCGCUGACAGCACUGGUUGAAUCGGAAAUAUUUUGUUUACAUGGUGGGUUAUCUCCAUCAAUUGAAACCCUCGAUAACAUACGUAACUUUGAUCGAGUCCAAGAAGUUCCUCAUGAGGGGCCAAUGUGCGACCUUCUAUGGUCUGACCCUGACGAUCGCUGUGGUUGGGGCAUAUCGCCUAGGGGAGCAGGAUAUACCUUUGGUCAGGACAUAUCCGAACAAUUUAACCAUACCAACAACUUGAAGCUAAUAGCUAGAGCUCACCAGUUGGUUAUGGAAGGAUAUAACUGGGGCCAUGAUCAAAAAGUAGUCACCAUAUUCAGUGCCCCGAACUACUGUUAUCGCUGCGGCAACAUGGCAUCCAUCCUCGAAGUUGAUGAUUGCAGGGACCACACUUUCAUUCAGUUUGAGCCAGCUCCAAGGAGGGGAGAGCCUGACGUGACUCGAAGGACACCUGAUUACUUCCUAUGAUGAAAGUCGUUUGGCUGAACAUUCCUAAGCUUCAGUCCCUGCCUGUGUCGUCAUAGCGUACUUUGGAUUCCUGAAACUCCCAUUGCAGCAAAAACUGCAGGCGAGAGAGGUUCACUGGAAACCUGACAAAGCUUCACCUGGGUGGGUUGACUUGAUGCUCCUGCAACAUUUCAUUCCUCAAUAGAGAAGCAUUUGCAGCCCCACGAUGGUGGUAGCGGCAUAUAUUGUGUGUGUUUCUUGGCGCCGUUUCAUCUUUAAAACUGAACCGCGACCUUUGAUUGUCGGGAUCUAUAGAUUGUUGGGAUGGUUUUUGCCUCUCUGAUUCUUUCUUUUUAACCUUUAUUAAUUGUGUGUAAUAUUUGACUUGAGAUUUUCUUUGAGUAAUACUACAAGUUGGGGCUCCGAAAACUGUGA